AUCCGAAUAAUACCACAAGAACAUGUCUAGAGGUUCUCUAGGAAAAUAAAAUUUCAAGAUGGAAUCAUGGCUACCCUCAAAGUUUAUCACCAUGCCAUCAAUAUUGAUGAUGGUGGCGCUGUCACUGUUAGUGGUAAUCUUCUCCAGUCUUGGUUUCCCGGUUCCAAUGGCAACAGCUUCAAGGAUUGAAUCUCAAGGGAGAGCUCUUCUUCAAUGGAAGGCCACCCUUGAAACACAAGACCUCCUUAACAGUUGGACGUCAAAGACCAGUCCAUGCAACUGGACUGGAAUCACAUGUAAAUAUGAUGGCCAUCUCAUGGAAACCAUCACAAGGAUCCAUCUGGUAGAUAUGGGACUAGAAGGGAAGCUAGAGAGUCUCAACUUCUCAGCACUGCCAUCACUCCGCGUUCUCAACCUUGCUGUCAACUAUCUCUAUGGAUCCAUCCCCGCUGCCAUUUCAGCUGUCUCAAAGCUCACCAUUCUUGAUCUCUCUACCAACAAUCUGACUGGCAUAAUCCCAUCAGAGCUGGGUAAUUUGACAGGGCUCAAGACCUUGUCUCUUUCUGAUAAUCAGAUAAGUGGCUUCAUACCUCUUUCUUUUGGAAAGCUUAUGAACCUGAAUUUGUUAAACAUCUCCAGAAAUUCCUUAGUUGGUUCCCUCCCUCUAAUCUUUGAAAACUUCACCAAACUCAAUUUUCUUCACUUAGGGAGCAAUGCAUUCACUGGCAUCAUCCCUUAUCAGAUUGGAUAUAUGGUGAGUCUCAAGGAAUUUGAUGUCUCUAGUAACAAUAUAACAAGUCCCAUUCCUCCUAGUGUAGGAAACUUGACUGAGCUCAACUUGUUAAACCUUUGUGAGAACCAAUUCUAUGGACCCAUUCCAUACCACAUAGGAAAGUUAACCAAGCUUGAAAUAUUCAUCUCCUAUUGGAAUAACAUAAAUGGCUCUGUUCCUAAUGAGAUUGGGAAUAUGGUGAGCUUGAGAGAUUUUGAAACUGAUCAUAACCAAAUAACAGGUUUUAUGCCACAUAGCAUUGGAAACCUAUCCAACCUUGAAACAUUUUACUUGUUUAAAAACUAUAUAACUGGCUUCAUUCCUAAUGAGAUUGGGAAUUUACUAAAAUUGAAAGAUUUUGAGGUAUCUAACAACCAAAUAUUCGGUUCCAUCCCACAUCACGUUGGAAAUUUAACCAAUCUUGAAACAUUUUACUUGUAUAGAAAUAACAUAAAUGGUUCCAUUCCUGAUGAAAUUGGUAAUCUAGUGAACUUGAAAUAUGUAAAACUAGGCGAAAACAAGAUAUCUGGCUCAAUCCCACAUAGCAUUGGUAAUCUAACUAAACUUUCCACACUGUCAAUUUGUGAUAAUAAGCUCUUUGGCUUAAUCCCUCCAUCUCUGGGAUUUCUGAAAAGUCUCACUAAAUUAGUAUUAUAUGAAAAUCAUCUUUUUGGUAAAUUGCCUCAUGAUUUAACAAAUCUUACAAAUUUAAUUAAUUUUCAAUUGUUCAACAAUAGGCUUUCUGGUAAUCUGCCACCGGAUUUAAUGAAAGGAGGUUUGCUUGAAAAUCUUACUCUAGGAUACAAUAAUUUCCAAGGUCCCAUUCCAACGAGUUUGAAAAAUUCAACAAAUUUGCGCAGGGUCCGGCUCGAAAGAAAUCAAUUCUCUGGAGAUGUUUCUAAAAGCUUUGGUAUUCAUCCACAUUUGGAUUAUAUCGAUCUAAGCUCUAAUGACUUGUCCGGCACUUUAUCACCAUCUUGGGGAGCAUGCCUUAAUUUGACAAGUCUUAAAAUCUCAGGCAAUAGAAUCAGUGGCCUAAUACCUUUGGAAAUCAGUCAAUUGCCAAAGCUACAUUUGCUUGAUAUUUCUUCCAAUAAUUUUGUGGGACAGAUCCCUAGAGAGUUUGGCAAAUUAUCUUCUAUAUUUUAUUUGAACAUGAGUGACAAUCAUUUGACAGGAACGAUACCAUCAGAAUUUGGGGAUCUAUCUUCAUUAGAAAUUCUAGACUUGUCCAACAAUAAUUUGAGUGGAGAAAUACCGACACUCUUGGAGGAGUGUCAUAAAUUGAACUCACUCAAGUUGAGCAAUAAUGAACUAAGUGGUGCCAUCCCUUUUCAACUUGGUAAUUUGAACUUGCAUGAAGCUUUAGACUUAAGUGGCAAUUUAUUCAAGGGAGAAAUACCAUCACAACUUAGCAAGCUAAUAGAGUUGCAAGAGAUGAAUUUAUCACAUAAUCAGCUGGUUGGUCACAUUCCAUCCUCUUUUCAAUUCAUGUUUGGCUUGGUAUCAUUGGAUUUAUCUUAUAAUUCCUUAGAUGGUCCAGUUCCAGAGGGUCGUUUCUUUCAAGCAGCUCCAAUUGAGUGGUUUAUCCACAAUAAAGGUUUGUGUGGUCAAGUGCAAGGUUUACCUCCUUGCAAUCAAUCUGUUUGGCCAAGUAGGGAUGAAGCACGAAACCAUAACAAGAUCAUUAUCUUAGUCCUUGUUCCCACACUUGGCAUUUUAUUUCUGUCAUUCCUAACAGUUGGAAUCACUUAUCUCUAUCACAAGAGAAUGAAAUUCACUUCAAAUGAUUUUGGUGAAGAUGUUGGUGGACAUUUCUUCUCAAUUUGGAGUGUGAAUCAAGGCAAAGAGGCAUACAAAGAAAUCAUUCAAGCUACAGAAAAUUUUGAUGAUAAGUAUGAAAUUGGCAAAGGAGCUUGUAGCAUAGUCUAUAAAGCGGCACUAUCAUCAGGAGGGAUACUUGCUAUUAAGAAAAUUCAGGGAGGAGAAGGUCAAGUGAAUGAUCAAACUUUCCAAAACGAAAUACAAGCAUUAACCCAAAUUCGUCAUCGAAAUAUAUUGAGGUUCUAUGGUUAUUGCUCAACUAAUAGGUUCAACUUUCUUGCAUAUGAGUAUAUGGAGAGAGGAAGUUUGGGUGACAUUUUAAGGUCUGAUGAAGGAGCUAUUGAGUUGGAUUGGAUCAAAAGAGUGAACAUUGUUAUAGGUAUUGCUGAAGCUUUAUCUUAUUUGCAUCAUGAUUGUGCUCCACCCAUUGUUCAUCGAGACAUUAAAAGCAACAACAUUCUCUUGGAUGAAGAGUACAAGGCUUGUGUUGCAGACUUUGGCAUUGCUAGAUUACUUAAACCUGAUUCAUCUCAUUGGAGCAUGCUUGCAGGCACACAUGGAUACAUGGCACCAGAACUUGCGUACACAAUGAAGGUAACUAGAAAAUGUGAUGUAUAUAGUUUCGGAGUUGUAGCAAUUGAAGUGAUACAUGGUAUGCAUCCCGGGGAUUUCAUAAGUGACUUAUCAUCAUCAUCUUCAACACAUGAUACAAACAUGUUAGCAAAAGAUGUUCUAGAUCGUCGUCUUUCACUUCCGUCAACUCUGAUGGUUAAUAAAGUGCUUACGGUGAUUUUUACAGCGAUGCAAUGCAUUGACACCAAUCCACAGUCUCGCCCUACAAUGGAACAAGUCUCAAAAAGGUUAUCUUCUCCAAAAUCUCAAAUAUCAUUCAACAUUGAUUCCCUAUCUGAACUCACAUUUACCGAACUCAUGAAAGUACAAAUAUGAUCAAAUACUAUACUCUUAUCAUGUAACAUUAAUAAUUAUGACAUCUGUAUGAUAUUAUGUGUCAGUGAUUGUGUGAGUUUAACAAAUAAAGCAUAUAAAUUUUCAAUAUA